CGCACAUUGUUGGACUGGGAGGAUCCUUGUAAAAUAAACGUAGAGUUUCAGCCAACUCCCCUGAAUCUCCGGCCAUCCAGCAUUACUGCUUUCCCCCCCUUGCAGAAUCGCAAUCCCUUGGUCGCCGUCUACUACACCAACCGCGCCUUAUGUUACCUAAAAAUGCAACAGCACGACAAAGCGCUGGCCGACUGCAAGCAUGCCCUGGAGUUGGACGGGCAAUCAGUGAAGGCACAUUUCUUCCUGGGACAGUGCCAGUUGGAGAUGGAGAAUUAUGACGAAGCCAUUGCUAACCUUCAAAGAGCCCACAACUUAGCCAAAGAGCAACGGCUGAACUUUGGGGACGACAUUCCGAGCGCCCUGCGCAUCGCCAAGAAAAAGCGUUGGAACAACAUCGAGGAGAAGCGGAUCAACCAGGAGAACGAGUUGCAUGCUUAUCUCACCAAACUCAUCAUGGCAGAGAAGGAGAGGGAACUCGACGAAUGUCAACGGGCACAGGAGGAGGAGAACAUGGAUGAAAACCGGAGCCGGGCACAAUUGGCCAACAUCAGAGCCAAACACGAAAAAUAUCUAGCAGACAUGGAUGAACUCUUCUCCCAGGUGGAUGAGAAGCGGAAGAAACGGGACAUCCCUGAUUACCUGUGUGGGAAAAUCAGCUUCGAAUUGAUGCGUGAGCCUUGCAUUACGCCGAGUGGGAUCACUUAUGACCGGAAGGACAUAGAAGAGCAUCUCCAGCGGGUCGGCCACUUUGACCCCGUGACCCGAAGCCCGCUGACCCAGGACCAGCUGAUUCCCAACCUGGCCAUGAAAGAGGUGAUCGAUGCGUUCAUAUCCGAAAACGGCUGGGUGGAAGAUUACUGACCCCCAAAGGACAGGAGAGCUCCCAGGGGGGCCCAGCUGCUGCGGCGACAAAGAAGACCCCCUCCGGACUGCGCGAGACUGCUCGCUGGGCCAGCCCCAUGCCUUAACCCCUCUCCCUUUCCCCUUCUUUGCCCGGCCCUGCCAAGGUGGAGUCGGCUACCCUUCCCCCCUCGGCAGGCAGGCGGGCAGGGUAGUUCCAUGGCUGCUGUGGUCCUCUCCCUUUCGGGCAGAAGGAAGACCUCGGCCUUGAUCUCGAGAGGAUGGAGGAUCGCUCCCAGCACAGAAGCUCAAGCAUGGGAGUCAUUUUUUCAUGGGGGGCUCCGGAAGAGCUCCGCCUGGCUCCGGCCGAGCUACGGAGCCCCAUCUGACUUUGGUACCAAACCGCCCCCCGCCCCAGCUUCCACCCAGAUCCCAUCGCCCCCUCGUUCGGCACGCUGUCCUCCCACGCAAUCCGCUCUCGCAAAGGACCCGGCCUCUCUGGGGAGCCAAGACUGGAUCUGUGCCCCCCCCGAAAGGCGAUCCCCAGCUCUUGCUUCUUCCCCGUUCUCCGUCUGUACAAAGUUCUCGUUCUCGCCUUCCGUUUUCCAGCCUGUCCAGAAGAGCUCAAGUUCUGCGUCUGCUUCUCUGUAAAUAAAUGGCCACCGAUUUCGGGGCGGAUCGGGGAGGGUCAAAGAGGGUCAAUUGUUUCUAUUCCCCGAAGUGGACCGGAAUUGGCACUUCCUGGGGGAAAGCGGUCUCCCCAGCUUGCAGGUAGUUGUAUUGAGGGGCGGGGAGAGAGCUGAGCCCCACGGCUCCAUUCUGGGUAGUUGUUUUACCUAUUAAAUUACUCAAAGUUCA